AUGCCGCAAAUACCGUCAUGGCCAUUCCGUAUUAGUCCUGCUCUCUUGGAACCAUAUCUGGACAUCUACUACUUCAAACUUUUCCCAGUCUGGCCAAUUGUGAACAAGGCUCUGCUCACCGCAAGAUUGCAGUCUGCUGGGCCUGAUGUGACAGCAUAUAUGCUGGCCAGUAGCGUCUGUGCAGCUACGAUGGUUCAACUCCGACUUUCGGAUUUCGGUCCUUGUGGCGAUGUUCUCGAACCCAGCAUGAUGCUUACAGAGAUCGAGGAUCUUCGACGGACAUACGACCAUCGCGAGAAUCCCAGUAUCGACUACUUGGCGACGAGUUUCUUCAUGCAUGUCGCCUAUACGAAUCUGGGUCGCCUGACGACAAGCACACUUCUACUCAGGGAAGCCGUCACCCUUGCUUAUAUAUUUGAUCUACACAGGCCAUCUCAUUAUGGCGAGGUCACACCCAUGGAGAGACAAAGCCACCUACGCAUGUUCUGGAUUCUGUUCAUUACCGAGAGAGCGCAUGCCACACAACACGACAUUCCCUGCGUCAUGGCAGUCGACCCUGAUAUGCCAGAACUGGACGUUGAGAGUCAACCUGCUGUACUGUCCCCCUUGAUCAUGCUCUGCAGGAUGUUCAGGUGUUUUUGCGAAGGCUCAAGUACCAGUCUGACAACAGACAGCCUAACAUCCUUCAACAACCAACUGCUGAGGAUACCGACCAUGACAGAAGACCACAACGAGCUUCAACAAGCCGAUCUCUCGGUCACGCAAAAAUGGCUGCGACUCAUGUUCUGGAAACUCGCUAUCAACAAGGUCGUCAUGAGUGCAAACUCCACAGACGACAUUCGAAGCGUCUUCUUCCCCAUCUCACUGGCCAAAGAGCUACUAACGAACAUCUCUGCAAUGUCCAUCGAUACGCUCGAAGCCCAUGGCCCAGGAAUGGAGCUUAAACUCUUCGAAGUCACAAACUCGGUUGCCGAUAUCAUAACACUGAACUCUGUACAAUCACACACCUCGACACUUGAAUUCGGACCCCAAGAUAUUCUAAUUCAUCUUACGAACAUCAUUGGUAGAUUCAGGGGUGGUAACAGAACAUUGCUGCCAAUACUGCAAUCUCGACUUUCGGGUAUUGGACUUGGAUCUGCAGUUUUGCCACGGAUAACGGAUGUUACAUAUGACUCUCCAGACACUAAUCGAGAAAAGAGCUCGAUCGAGAGUAAUGAAGCCAUCAUGGCUGGUCAGAGUCUUUGUGACGGCCAGUCAACUGGUUUCUUUGGUCCAGAGGCAGUCUAUGAUAUCACUUCGACAGAGUUGUGA